GACUUGUUGAAAUCUAUUCAAAAUUUGAUGAGCUUUUAUGCUCACUUUUCCUUCAAUUUUUGUCCGUUUCGUUCUCAAAUAUUUGCUUGUUCUUAAAUCUUAACCAAAUCGGACCAUCGGCACCCUAACAAUAUACCCGAUUGGUGUCGCGAUUUAACUUCGAAGUAUCGUAAUGAUUCUUGGAUAAGCCAUUAUGCAAUGCCACCAUGCUGCUGCCUGCCUGGCGACUUCUGGUUUCCCCACGCCACGGUCGAAAUGGCUAGCCGAACUCGUGGGUUCAACUAACGAACUAUCGUCUAAGCUUUACAUUUACGCUCGCUAACCGCCAAGUCUGUUCUUCCUUUCUCUCACCCGGUUCCUCAACUGCCGCCUUUCAUCCUCGCCAUGCCUGCCACUUUACCUUCUCUCCGAAGAUCGUCGCACUCACUCUUGCUCUCCAGCCUUCAUUCUCGCCAACUCUCCAGCUGUCAGGCAUCGUCCUCUACCGUAUCUACGCUGAUUUCGAUCGACGCCGCUGGUUCCGGCGCUUCCUCUAACUCUCCGCGCAACUCGAAUCCAGGGAGCAGAUCUCUGGUUAAGUGGAUCUCCGCCGCCGCUGCCGGCGCAAGUUUCGGCGGAUUGUACUACUGGUCACCGCCGCUUGAUACCGAUCACACCGAUUUUCAUCUCUUCAAGAAGCAGCUCUCGUCCUUCUUUGACCGGUCAGCGACUGUCGCGGGCGGCGAAGCUACUUCCGUCGGCGAUUGUCGGCGAGAAUCGUCCUUGUUUCACAAACUUUCUUUGCCGGAGUACAGAUCGAAGUUCCUCUUUGGAGAUUCGUACAGGCGAAAGGUUUUCUUCAAGUACGAGAAACGAAUAAGGCUGCGGAGUCCGCCGGAGAAGGUAUUCGAGUACUUUGCGUCACACAAAGCUCCGAAUGGAGAAUUGUUCAUGACGGCGGCGGAUUUGAUGCGAGCUGUUGUCCCCGUUUUCCCACCGUCUGAAUCGAACCUAAUCAGAGAGGGGUAUUUGACAGGGGAAAGGAGUCCCGGGGAAUUGCGCUGUGCUCCUUCUGAGUUCUUCAUGCUUUUUGAUGUGAACAAUGAUGGCCUUAUCUCUUUCAAAGAGUAUAUUUUCUUCGUGACGCUGCUCAGUAUUCCAGAAUCAAGUUUCUCUGUGGCGUUCAAGAUGUUCGACAUUGACAACAGCGGGGAGAUUGAUGAGGAAGAGUUUAAGAAAGUGAUGGCACUGAUGCGAGCUCAUAACAGGCAAGGAGCUGUACAUAAGGAUGGACUAAGAACAGGGUUUAAGGAUAGUGGUUGUGUGGAAAAUGGAGGCUUGGUGGACUACUUCUUUGGCAGUGAUGGAACUAAGCGGCUCCAAUAUGAUAGCUUUAUGCAAUUCAUGACGAAUUUACAGGAUGAGAUAUUGAGACUGGAGUUUGCUCACUAUGACUACAAAUCACGAGGGACCUUAUUGGCCAAGGAUUUUGCAUUGUCCAUGGUGGCUUCUGCUGACUUCGGCCAUUUAGAUAAGUUACUUGGUCGGGUGGAGGAAUUAGACAAGGACAUGCACCUUCGGGACAUGCAAAUAACGUUUGAGGAAUUCAACAACUUCGCGGAGUUACGUAAGCAGCUAAGGCCAUUCUCUUUGGCUCUUUUCAGUUUCGGGAAAGUAAAUGGCCUGUUAACAAAGGAGGAUUUCCAACGAGCUGCAUCUCAGGUUUGCAACAUUCCACUGUCUGAUAAUGUGGUCGAUAUCAUAUUCCAUGUGUUUGACAUUAACCGUGACGGACAUCUAUGCUCAAAGGAAUUUGUGAGAGUCCUACACAGACGUGAGAGGGACAUUGCUCACCCCACAGGAACAGGAAUAAUGGGACUUCUAUCGUGCUUCUUCAGUCGGUCCCCAGACUCCUUUGAACGUCUGGUUUCUUAACUUCGAUUUGAUGAUUCUUGAAGCCUUUGAGAGGAACGUCUUGCAGAUGUGUUUCAGUGUUUUGUCACAAGCGCAUUUUAUGGUAGUAGAAUAUAUAUAGCAGGAUCCAAACAAGUUCAGCUGUUUCUUGUAUAAUGUCUAAAGCUGUAGUUGUACUCGCUAUAUUGUAUGAACUGUAGACCAAGUUCUACUCCACAUUCCAGAUUUCCCUUCUGAAGCAGUGUUUUAACAGAUUACUACUCAAUAUCAAGAAGAAUGUGAUCACACACGGUCUUCAUAGACUACACUUGUGCAAAGUGGCUGAACUUCAUUAUCAAAUUUAGAAAGAAUGAUACCACUGAUUUCUCAAAUAGUGUGAACACUUUGAAAGCAGUUGACAAGGGUAAUUGGUAUUUGAAAAGAGAGCUCCAGGACAUACAUAGCCUCCCAUUUUCACCUUACAAAGCAAAUGACGGAUGAAUUUAGGGCAACCACAACCUAGCAAACUUCCUAGGAACACUCCGUUGAACUGUCGGUAGGAAAUUCCUUGAAAGGAUGCAAAAACCAGAAGCAAGCACCGUAGUAGUGUCUAGGACAAGGAUUUCAAUGUUCAGUACAAUCGUCAAGGCCUUCCACAUUAUCAUACUAAAGCUUAGGGUGGCAAGUUACAGGCAUCCAAAAUUUGACUAUAUGAGAGAGGUCUGUUUACGAGUAAAACUAGCCAUUGAAUCCAAAUGCAAACAAGGCUCCUGCGUUCAACACUAUUCUAGCACCCUCCCGAGUCAAGGGUGAUAGACCACACCGAUUCCUUCACAUCGGUCAUUUAUCUUGAAGAAACCAUCACAGAAGAUGAGCACUAAAUCUAUAUGCCGCAAAACAAACCACCAGGCCUAGCUCCUUCAGAAGGAAGCAGGCAACCAAACUGAGCUCACACGAAUACAAGGACUCACAGAAUGUAGGGCUUGAGCUUACUACAAGUAGUUUAUGGAUCUGGCAACCUAAGAACGGAAGCAGAAUCAGCAACCUAGAAGCAGCAAGAAAAUAAUUCCUGCUUGAACUGACCUGAGGGUCUUUUACCUUCCCAUGAAAGAUCAUUGCAGUCCUAAAAUCAGUAACUGAGUCCAGAUCAUCUAAAUUAAAACCAGUACGCUUGACGACAUACACCCAAGACGGAAACCCACUCACUUGAAUCCGGACCAGUUGAAAACAAUAGACAUGGCGUAAUAUACUGGCGCUCUCCGCAAGCUCUUUCGGCCACAACACAUCGUUUCAACCUGCAAGAAGCUAUCCUUAGGACACGCGGGAGUGAAGCUCGAUAACCAUCGACUCUAGUUGCAGUUAACAAAGAGCUACAGAAGUUCACAUAGAAUGACUGAGAUUUGCAGAAACUAUGGCAAUCAUGCUUUGAUUCUCAAGUAACAGCAAUUCCAGAGACUAUAGAAGGGCAAAGUAAUACAGAGCAAACAUUCAGGGCAUCAUGUAGAUGCAAUCACAGCAUGCAGAUGUAACCCCAUCCAGUUUGGUUCU